AUGGCUAGAACCGUUAUUCAGCUGAGUGUGAACUACAGAGGAAUUUCGGUCGCCGAGUUGCAGUUCACCUCGGCUGAGGAACUGCUCUUAGCGAUUGCUGAUGUAUCUUUUUCGAAAAUGAUGCGAAGUAUGGAUUUCUUUCAGGCAAUUUCUAACGUUGUGAUCGAUUCGUCCAAAAAACUUCACCUAACAAAAGACAGUCGAAGAAACUCUCGUCGUUCUAAGAGUCGGUCAGAGUCUUCGCUCAACUCGAUCAAGGAAGAUGCUGAAAGCGAAGGACUAAAUCUCGCUGUUGAACCGGACCCGUGUCCUGCUUAUGACUACGACGCAGAGAGCGGUCCAGAUAUUGCAAACGUUUCUGAUUUUGCUUUCGACAUCUUCAAGUACUACAAGUCCCGUGAGAAGUUGUUCCAUGUUGGGGACUAUAUUCAUCAGCACCCACAACUAAGCAAGCAAACUCGAGCAGUUGUUGCUGAUUGGAUGGUGGAGAUACAAGAGACCUUCGAGCUUAAUCAUGAAACCCUUUAUAUGGCGGUCAAGAUCCUCGAUCUUUAUCUCUCGAAAACUAAAGGAGUGCAGAAAGACGACUUGCAAGUAUUGGCCAGUGCAGCUUUCUUCAUUGCGUGUAAAUUUGAGGAACGCAGUCCUCCUCUUAUCGAUGACUUCAUGUACGUGUGCGAUGAGCAGUUUGAUCGUGCUCAGAUGAUUCAAGCGGAAAUCAAAGUUCUUGAUACUGUUAACUACGAUAUAGGGUUUCCUCUCAGCUACCGAUACGUCAGGCGAUAUGCAAGAGUGACCAAGACUGAUAUGCCGAAGCUGACGUUAGCGCGUUACAUUCUCGAGACAUCACUGAUGUUUUACGAGUUUGUCGGGGUUUCGGAAUCGUUGAUGGCAGCUGCUGCUAUUCUUCUGGCUUUCAAGAUGCAUGACAAAGAAGCUACUUGGUCUCCGAUUUUACAUAAGUAUUCCGGAUAUAAGGCCGAUGAUGUUGAACCUCUAAUGUGGGAGUUGAAUCACAUGCUCCACAAACGUCGAAUCAUAUACGAGCGCUUAGAGACUGUAUUUUCGAAGUAUAGCCAUGAAGUGUUCUUCUGUGUCGCGUCAAUUCCUCUACUUCCAAGCAUAUACCCCAUGGACAGAGCAGUGCAAGCUCCCGACGUCGGCUCGUCUUCACUCUAG